GCUGUGUAUAAAUGAAGAGACUCGUUCAGAAGUGUGCGUCUGGUCUGUGGUUCACCUGAAGGUUUUAUGCUGCGAGCCGAGGUGAAGAACAACAGCAGAGAUGAAGAAGAAGAUUAUUAUCCUGGCUUUUUCUGUUUGGUCAUGUCAGGCGGUGAUGGGUCAGUCAUCGUGUACUGCACCAGUUGUGCCAAACGCUAAGCCGAAAAAUGAGCUGGCAGCAUCCUAUCCCACUGGAAGCUUUAUCGGAUAUGUAUGUGACAGUGGCUAUGAGUUUGUAGAAACACAUUAUGCGCUGUGUGAAGAUGGAACUUGGAAUCUGCCCGUUUGUAAACUUCAGACAUCAUGUACUGUCCCAUUUGUGCCGAACGCCAAGCUCGCGGACGAGUUUACAGCGGCGCUCUAUCCUACUGGAAGCUCCGUCCAGUUUGUAUGUGACCGCGGCUCCGAGUUCGAAGGAACCAAAUAUGCACUGUGCAAAGAUGGGACUUGGAAGCUGCCGGUGUGUAAAAUUCUGGAUCAUGCACCGUGUGCUUCCCCACACGUUCCGAACGCGCGACCUGCAGAUGCGUUAGCAGAAUCCUAUCCAUCUGGAAGCUCUGUCCGAUUCGGAUGUGACGGCGGCUACGAGUUCGAAGGGACGGAUUCUGCACAGUGUGAAGAUGGAGUCUGGACGCUGCCGGUGUGUAAAGAUGUAAAAUCCUGUCUUGCCCCGAGUGUGCCGAACGGCCAGCCUGCAAAUGCGUUAAAAACGUUGUACGGUCCUGGAGAAACUCUUCGAUUUGUAUGCGACAGCGGUUAUGAAUUUGAAGGAACACGUUACGCGGUUUGUGACGAUGGAUCUUGGAGGCUGCCGGUGUGUAAAGUUCUAGAUGCGGCGUGCGCUGCCCCAAACGUGCCAAACGCCAAACCUGAAAACGAGUUAGCAGCGUCCUAUCCUGCAGGAAGCUCUGUAAGAUUUGGAUGUGACGGCGGCUACGAGAUUGAAGGAACACGAUAUGCGCUUUGUGAAGAUGGAACUUGGAGGCUGCCGGUGUGUACGCUUGAAAAAUCACCAUGUAGUAGUGAACCAGCUGUGCGAAACGCCCGACCCGCAGACGAGUUAAGAAGGUCCUAUAACCAUGGAGACACCGUUCAGUUUAUAUGUAACAGAGGCUACACGUUUGAAGACACAGACUCCGCACAGUGUGAAGACGGAACCUGGAAGCUGCCGGAGUGUAUAGUUGAAAAAUCACCAUGUAGUAGUGAACCAGCUGUGCGAAACGCCCGACCCGCAGACGAGUUAAGAAGGUCCUAUAACCAUGGAGACACCGUUCAGUUUAUAUGUAACAGAGGCUACACGUUUCAAGACACAGACUCCGCACAGUGUGAAAACGGAACCUGGAAGAUGCCGGAGUGUAUAGUUGAGAAAUCACCAUGUAGUAGUGAACCAGCUGUGCGAAACGCCCGACCCGCAGACGAGUUAAGAAGGUCCUAUAACCAUGGAGACACCGUUCAGUUUAUAUGUAACAGAGGCUACACGUUUGAAGACACAGACUCCGCACAGUGUGAAGACGGAACCUGGAAGCUGCCGGAGUGUAUAGAUCCAACACGGUGUACUGCCCCACGAGUGGCGAACGCCCAGCCUUCAGGAACGUUAGAGUCAUCCUAUAGGUCUGGAGACUAUGUUGUGUUUCGAUGUGACCGCGGCUAUGAGUUUGAAAGAAGACACCCAUAUGCAACGUGUGCAGACGGAACCUGGAGGCUGCCGGUGUGUCAAAAAUUAUGUGGUACGCCAAGUGUGCCGAACGCCCGACCUACAGUAGGGUUAUCGACUUCCUAUAGUACUGGAAGCUAUGUUUCGUUUAAAUGUAACUCCGGCUAUGAGUUUGUAGGAGAACAUUACGCAAAGUGCGUAGAUGGAAAUUGGGAGCUCCCGGUGUGUAAAAGUCGAGAUGAAACGGUGUGUUCUGCCCCACACGUGCCGAACGCCCGACCUGUAGUAGAUUUAACAUUGUUCUAUGCUACUGGACGCACUGUUAGAUUUGUAUGUGACAGCGGCUAUGAGUUUGAAGGAACAGAUACUGCGAGGUGUGAAGGUGGAAUCUGGAGUCUGCCAGUGUGUAAAGGACGUGGGCCUCACGGUGGAUCUCUACAUCCUGAUCCUGAUGCGGUUCUGUUGCCUGUCAGAAAUUGUGGAACUCAACCCCUUAUUGAAAAUGGAGACGUUACCGAGCUAGCAGGUGGAAAUGAAUUAAAAGCUCAGUGUAAGAGACUUUAUAAACUAACAGGACCUGGAACAAUAAGAUGUGUUAACGGGAAAUGGACGGAGAUCCCGGUGUGUAAACCGCCGUGUAAACUGGAUAGGACAAAAAUUCUUCGUACUUAUCAUCCUGAUAAAUAUCUGCAGGAGGGUGAAACGAAGAGAUUUUACUGUAGUAACACAUAUCAAAUAGAUAUCAGCUGCAUUGAUGAAACACCAGUCUAUGGUGAAUGUAAAUACCACUGGUUUUGACAGUGAGCUCUGUCGACGAUGAAAUCCGGGAGGAGUGGGGGGAUCGUCUGCAGAGCUCCUGCUACUGAUCAGAAAUCAUCCUUCUCAGAAUAAAUGCUCACUUUUCGACCAAAAUGUAUUUUGCAAAUCUGCUAAGAAGCUCUUUUAGUGAAUUAGUAACUUCAGUGGAACUAAAGAAGAAUGAUUUACACAUUCGAGAGGGCGAGGAAUGUGAAGUUGAGCUGAAGAUGGUGGAUUGUUACAUAAACCGAGAGAAACCCGAUCUGAAACAAUAAAGUUUAUGAUUAAAAUGA